UUCAGUGGUGACAGGUUGUCCAGCGUCUUACUCCCAUCUUCACGAAAACGAAGGUUAACGCCUUUUCCGCCCCCAAUGAACUCCGAACCCUUUCAGUUCCAAAGGACCUGAAGGAGUACCAUUUCUUUGAUGGUUUUCAUCUUGUAAUUUUGGGAAUUAUUAUCAACGUCAUUGAUUGCCAGGGUUGGAUUUCCACAUCUGGACAACUUUUGAAAAGCAUGCAAGACAAUACAUCAGAAUCUUCGACAUCCAUUACUCAACUUCUGCGAGAGAGCUACUUAGCUGAAAACAGCCAUCAGGGAAAUAGUGAAAGAAGUAGAUCAGAGCCAUCUUCGCAUUCGUUCCAUUGUGGUGGUAUUGCUGGGACUUCAGACGAGGUGGCUUGCCAAGAUGACCUUCCGGAUCUUUCUGCUUUUCUGAGCCAAGAAGAACUGGAUGAAAGUGUGAACCUGGCCAGGCAGGCAAUCAGCCAAGAUCCACUUGACCGCAAGCAGGAUGAACAGCAUACACAUGUGUUCUAUCCCUCUGAGUUGAAAAAAACUGUUCCAAACAGACAGCAAUUCCAAUCUACAGAUUCAUCCGCUUCUGAUAAAGGCUUUCUUCACUCCAAUUUUUGUCAGGAGAAUGCUAGAGACACUAAAAGUUCCAAGGAUGGCUCUCAGGAUCUAAAGAAACAGCAAUUUGGUACAGAGGCAGAAUCCAAAAAGGAAUUCCUCAACAAGGCUGCAGAUUUCAUUGAAGAGCUUUCUUCGCUUUUCAAAGCACACAAUUCAAAAAGGAUCAGACCAAGGUCAUGCAAAAACUACAGGAGCAAACUUGAAUCUAAAAAUAAAGCUACCCAAGACAAUAGUUCUGGUUUCUCGAAUUUGUCUGAAAACCGAGAAAGGCCUUGUGCUCCUAUACCUCAAGAUUUAGAUAAAGCUGAGCCCUCACUUGAUAGCCCAGAUAAUCGUCAGCAAGCAGACUUGGAAGUUGUAAAUGAAUUAGAAAGUUCAGAGUUAACAGCAGAGUCGGCUGCACCUUUUUAUUCUGAGGGGCCUCUGGGCCAACCGCCACAUUUUACUCAAAAACUGAAGAGCAGAGAGGUCCCUGAAGGAACCAAAAUACAGUUGGACUGCAUUGUGGUAGGAAUUCCAUCACCUGAAGUCAGGUGGUACUGUGAAGGAAAAGAGCUUGAAAACUCACCAGAUAUUCAAGUCAUCAAGUCAGGAAACCUACAUUCACUGGUCAUUGUUGAAGCUUUCGAAGAAGACACAGGGCGUUAUUCUUGCUUUGCUUCUAAUAUCUAUGGAACUGACUCAACUUCUGCAGAAAUUUAUAUAGAAGGAGCCUCGUCUUCUGAAUCUGAAAGCGACACCAGCAAAGAAGAAAUGGAUCAGUAUCAAAACCCAAUCAAUGUCUCUUCGAAUGUGUUGCCACCCCCUGUCAAUGUCACAGUCUCAAAUCAAGAAGCAUCUAAUCCUCAACCUUCUAUGGUAAAUCCUGUAUCAAUUCCUGUCCACCAUAGUCAAAGUCCCACUAACUAUUUACAAGGACUAGAUGGAAGACCCAUAAUAGCUGCACCAGUGUUUACAAAGCUGCUACAAGAUAUAUCAGCCUCCGAGGGACAGCUGGUUGUGUUUGAAUGCCGAGUGAAAGGAGCCCCUUCGCCAAAGGUUGAGUGGUAUAGAGAAGGGACAUUGAUAGAAGACUCUCCAGACUUCAGAAUAUUACAGAAAAAACCGCGGUCUAUGGCUGAGCCAGAGGAGAUCUGCACAUUAGUUAUCGCGGAAGUAUUUUCAGAAGAUUCUGGAAAUUUUACGUGUACAGCAAGCAAUAAAUAUGGGACAGUCUCCAGUAUGGCUCAACUAACCGUAAAGGGACCUGAGGACCAGAAUAAUAAUGCUGCUCUUCACACUAUAAAUUCAAUAAAUAUAAUUGCUGCUGAACGCCAGUCUUCUGCAACCCUCCCUGCAGUUCCAGUGGUGGAUCAGUCUCCAAAACCUAAACUGGAAGGAGUUCUUGUAAACCACAAUGAGCCCCGGUCAAGUUCCAAGAUAGGCCUCCAUGUGCACUUUCAGUUGCCAGAAGAUGAUAAAGGAAGUGAAACAUCAUCAGAAGAUGGAGGGCCUAUAAAUCAGAUCCGACCAAACUCCUUCCCAGAUAAGAUUAAUGGACAGGUGGUGAAAACACAAGAGCCAACCUCACCUUCCAAAGAGCCACCACCAGUAUUAGCCAAACCAAAAUUGGAUCCUACACAAUUAAAACAACUGCACAACCAGGUCUUGUUGGAGCAGCAACACCAUUCAUCUCACACUCCUUCAAGAGAGCCACCAGUCAAUGCUGGCACUCUGAACUCUGCUGCUUUAUCUAGUCAGCAACCAUCUUCAAGUUCAUACAAGCAGAACAAAGGCUCUCCAUCACAGACGUUUACCUACACUCGUCCUAAACAAUUCCUAGCAUCUCAGAACACCUCUCCAACAGUCAGUUCACCUUCUAGCUCCCCCAUGCCUUCAUCAUUCAGCAACAUACCUGAAGGAAUCCAGAGAACAAACAACAAGGAAAACUUCUUUGGAUCUCCUCCACCAGUCCAGUCAAGGCUUCCAGGAGUUUUUUCAAACCAACCUGAGCAACCUCUAACAAGUUCCAGAGAACCUGUGUUACCACCACUGUUGCUUUCUGUAUCUAGCAUGAACCAGUUCCAGCCCCAAAAUGUGCCUCCUACACCUCUCUCUCCGACUGGUCGGAUCCAGAAUCCAGUAGCCUUCCUUAGUGCUGUUCUUCCUUCUCUUCCUUCUAUACCCCCAACAAAUGCCAUGGGUCUACCUAAAAGUGCACCCGCAGCGGGAAGCCAGGGAGCAGUGAAGAAAAAUCUCAGACUCUCACAGUUGGCCACAGAGGAGUCAAUUAGAGAUAGCAAAGCUGCUGUUGUGAAAGACCUGGAGAGACGACUGAAUCUAAGGGAUGACAGAGUUCCACAUGGCCCUCAGAGAACAACAUAUGAUGAAAAUAUGGCACGCAGUCUUCAGGGACCAACCAAUGAUACCCCAAUCUACAACUAUACAACUCAGGAUGUUUCCAAGGAAUACAAGAUUUCCAGCUUUGAGCAACGUUUGAUGAACGAAAUAGAGUUUCGCCUGGAGCGUACCCCGGUGGAUGAAUCAGAUGAUGAAAUCCAGCAUGACGAGAUCCCAACUGGCAAAUGCAUUGCCCCAAUCUUUGACAAGAGACUCAAGCACUUCCGGGUCUUGGAAGGGUAUCCUGCCACAUUCACUAGCAAAAUUGUUGGAAUCCCUAUACCUAAGGUGUAUUGGUUUAAAGAUGGCAAGCAGAUUUCAAAGAAGAAUGAACAUUUCAAAAUGAGCAGAGAGGGUGAUGGGACAUGCUCUUUACAUAUUGAAGCCACCACAAAUGAUGAUGAUGGAAACUAUACAUUCAUGGCUGCUAAUCCACAGGGGAGGAUCAGCUGCUCUGGCCACUUGAUGGUGCAGACUCUUCCAAUGCGUGGUAGAUUGACAACAGCUAACCAAUCUCACAGGGGAAGGACCCGUGUACCAGAAGGAGAUAAGGAGCCAGUACAAGAGCGAUUUUUCCGACCAUAUUUUCUACAGGCUCCUGGGGACAUGGUAGCUCAUGAAGGACGGCUUUGUAGACUGGAUUGCAAGGUGAGUGGCUUACCCCCUCCGGAUCUGAUGUGGCUUCUGAAUGGGAGGCCCGUGCUGCCGGACACCACUCACAAGAUGCUGGUCCGAGAGACUGGCGUGCACUCGCUGCUUAUCGAUCCCCUCACGCAAAACGAUGCUGGGAUUUACACUUGCAUUGCAACCAACAAAACAGGACAAAAUUCAUUCAGCUUGGAUCUCAGUGUUGUAGCAAAGGAAGUUAAAAAAGCUCCAGUGAUACUGGAGAAGUUACAGAAUUGUGGAGUCCCAGAAGGGCACCCGGUCCGAUUAGAAUGCAGAGUGAUUGGAAUGCCACCCCCAGUCUUUUAUUGGAAAAAGGACAAUGAAACCAUUCCUGCCAGCCGAGAAAGAGUGAGUAUGCAUGAAGAUGCUACUGGGUAUGUUUGCCUUCUGAUUCAGCCAGCCAAGAAAAUGGAUGCUGGUUGGUACACUUUGUCUGCAAAAAAUGAAGCUGGUAUUGUUUCCUGCACUGCUAGACUCGAUAUAUACGCCCAAUGGCAUCACCAGAUCCCUCAGCCAAUAAAGAUUCGCCCUGGUGGCACUCGAUAUGCAAAUCUAACCGGGCAAGGACUUGACAUUUUCUCUGCUUUCUCUGCUGUGGAGAGUCCAGUACGGUUUUCAUCACCAUCCCAGCCUGUGGUGGAAAGUGAAGAACUUUAAAAACAAAACAAAACCCUGCUGGUUCCAAUCCUACCUGCAAAAAAACAUUAGGACUGUGAAAAAUAAUGGAAGGUACAAGCCAGGAGACUCAAGGUUUACAAGCAACUUGUAUCUGUUUAGUAAGUUUACUGUUGCUGGAAUUCCUGUGAGUAAUGUAUAAGACCUUGGUGCAGCAUCCUACUACUGGAUCAUUGUGGUAUAGAUGCAGUGCAGUAAAUUCAGUACUGUGUUGCUUUCCCCCGAAAUGUUAUACACGAAAGAGACUUAGCUUUCAAUCCCAAAGAGAAGAAAUGUUUUUUCUCUUUUCACUGCUUCAGUGUUAAGCAGCUAUUGUGCCUAAAACAGCUAAUGAGAAGAAUUCUGGAUGUUUGGUUGAGAGCUAGCAGCAGAAGUAUCAACACUGUGAUAAAUUCUGAAAGAGGGUAAGCCAUAUGACUUUGAAUGUAACUAUCCUGAAAAGGUGGCUGAUGGUCACGAAACACAAGACAAAUCUAAAUGCAAAAAAAAAAAAAAAACCCCACUGGAAGGUCAAUUUAACUGGAGUGCACAUCAAUAAGAAACCCGGUGAACUCAACGCUGGACAAACAUAGUAUGUAGGAACCACUAUAUACAGUAUCAUAACUUUUUUAUUUGUGUGUUUAUAUUCCAUUAAUUGUGAACUGGUGGUGUACUGAAUCAUAUCAUAAGACACCAUGCAUGCAUUUUGGACAUGAACAUGUGCAACUAAACAGCCUAAAUCAUAAGAAGAAGCACAUAUUAUAUAAAGUCCACAGCUACCAUUGCUAUAUGCAUUUUGAAGUGUGCUUUCCUGGUUCUAUUUUCCACUUUAGUAACUGCCUGAUUGGAAGCAAAAAAUAGCAUUGUUUUUUGUUUCAUGGGCUUUUGUAAAUAAAUUUAUAUAUGGGCGAGGAGAAAGUGCUUCUAGAUGAGAAACAAAGAAGAACUGUGACCUGGUCCAACCAAACAUCUUUCAGUUUUGUUUUGGAUUCUGAUAGAAUUCUGCAUUCAUGAAGCUUUCAGCAUUGGUAAUCAAGAUACAUUUAAGGGGGGAAAGUUUUUGAUAAUGCAUAUCUCAUCCACAUUUCUGUUAUAUUCACUAUUCUAACAAAGUCUUCAGAAAGGCUAAGAAUAUAUGCUAGCAUUUUGUCUGGGUUUAAACUCUUAGAUAUGAUGUAUGAUUUGGGUUUUGCUGCCAGGAGAUGAGGUCUGAUGAAGGCCAUUCAUACAGCACAAGAAUAAUACCACUGUCCAUAUUAGCUGUGAUCACUCACUUGGAUUUAUAAUCACCAAGAACCAUGCAGUUCCAAUUCUCUCUCAGAUUAAUUGCAUUCUACUGCAAACCCAAAUCCUGGAGUAUUCUCUCCUUUUGCACUAGCAGUAAACCAUAACCCUGCCCCAAGUUAAUCGGCAUACAUUUGAACUCAUAUCAAAGUGACUGAAGGAUCUAAACCCUUGGAGAUCUAAUGAUUUCAUGUUGUCAAAAUAUUUGCACUGGCUUCUCUCUUUAACUGAGGGGAGGAGAUAGACUGGGAAAACUUUUUGAAAGAGUACAUUCAUAGGAAGUUCAGGUCGCUCAUCAAUUCAGCAUGACAUGCCCAAAGGUCUUUGGUAUGGAGUGGCAGAAUGAAACAAACUGCAACUGAGCUCCAUCUUUGCUAACUAGCAUUGAGCCUGAUGUCAAAUUUAGCAAAAUAGUGCGUGCUAGAAUGUCACAACAUUUAUCCUGUGCAGUAGAAUCAAUGAGGCCAAUAUCUUAACAAUUCUAGCACCUGAUCACCAUGUGAUCAAAUUCGGUUGCCUACACUGCAGCAAAAUUUCUAUCCUUUAAAGAGGGGAAAGGGACUAUGGAGGCAACAGAACUUUGGGGUGGAAUUGAAUGUUCUUUUGAGCUUUAUCAAAUAUAUAGAAAUGGCUCUGGAAUGUGUGAGAAAUUGUGGUCGCUGUGGAUUUUUAAGGUAAAGAUUGGUGGGAUGCUUUGAUUUUAGGCUGACCAAGUAAAAUCUAGGAGACACCAUACAUCAUAAAUUAAAACUCUUGUAGAGGAAAGAGCGGGAGGUAAUUUUUUGCAAAGGCUACUCCUCAAAGAGCCCCUGUGAUUUAUGUCAUCUGCUGAGAGCAUCAUUUGAGACAUGCAAAUGAUACAGUGAGUGCACAAAAUUUGGUGAGUGUUAAGAAUCAAAUCUAAAUGUUCCACACAUUUUUGUGUAUGCGUCAAAGAAGUCAGGUAUGUACCAGUUCUUUUUUAAACUGCCAUCUGAUAGUCAACAUUCACAGAUGCAUGUCUGCAAAGUUCAGGAAAUCUUUCUUUUCAGCCAUUAAAAAACAAAAAUUGGCAGCAUUUUGGGACAUUCACCAUAAAAACAAUCCAAUUCAAUUCUUUUCAGUGGCAUAACACUUUAUACUGGCUCAUGUUUGCGAGAUUCAUCCCAAUAUAUCGUAUGAGCAGACAAUACUAUGUGAUUAGAAAUUUGUGAUUAAUUCUGCUAAAAGACAUUCUAGAUGAAUUGCCAGAGUUUCCUACUUGUAUGGUGUUGUUUUAAUAUUUCCCCCUUAAUUUUCAUCUGACAGAAGCCAGUUUGUGCUAUAAACAAGUCUAUUUGUUUACAUCCAAAUUCAUAUGUUAUUUAACUAAUUCAUUCCUGCCACGACUACCAACACAAUGGGCAGCCCAGAGCGGAAUGAAAUGUGGCAUAUUGUAUAUCAGAACUCCAGUAUAGCCCAGGAGUACCUUUCAGAAAUGAAGUACAGUAGCUCAGCUCUUCCGUGUAGUUUCAGCCAAGGAACACUACAGGUGGCCUGUACUUGUCAUUACAACUGACAGCACUAAAAACACAGUGUUAUGACUGUGCUGCAGAGAUGUUGCCGAGGGUUUGUCAGGACACGUAUUUGGUAUUGGAAAAGUGGUAGUUACCAUUCCUCAGGGAACUGUUGUGCCAGCGAAAUGUGAACAUGGCAAAGGAUAGCAAGCACUGUCACUCCUCUUUUAAAAGGACAGAAAACACUUUUGAAAACAAAAUUUGGGUCAACUGACAUUGCAGAUGGUUACUUGAAAAAAAAUGUGAUAUCUAAUGCAAAGAACUGGUUUUGUUUAAAAUAAUGGUAGUAAUAAUGCCAAGGGGAAUGGAAAACAAUUAUUUUCAUAGUGACAUAUAUCUCAAAUGGUGAUACCAAGAAAAAAACUAAUGAAGUUUCAUAUCAGUUAGCUUAAAUACUGCACAAGUCAAUUACUUUAUGUUACACCCAUAUGAAGUUGUUCUUUUUUCCCCAUUAAAAUGCGGGGUUUAUCAUUGUUGUUACAGAGGUGCAGAUGUUCAAUAGAAAAUGGGGACAUUAAUGAUUCAAAUGUUCAGUAUAUUUUAAAUGCAUAUAAUGGCAAUGCCAGACUCUUCAGCAAAUGUAUUAUUCUUCAUCUAUUCAAUAAAUGCUUCAGAGCUGUA